AAUGAUGAUGAUGAUGAUGAUCAAGGUUCAAUUAUCAUCAUCAUCAUCGUACCACGAUGAUGAGACAAUCAACAUUGAACAACCGAAUAAUUUGGCAUUAAAAUGUAUGAAUGGACAAUUAGAUUUGAUUGAAAAAUGUCAACAACAAUCGGCCAAUGAUUUUAAUCCAUUAGGUCGUCAUACAUGGAUAACAACAUUAUGGCAAACAUGUUGUAUUAUUUGGGAAGAAUUAAAAUGUUAUCAAUUGAAUGCAAAACAAUGGUGUUCACCAUCAUUAUCAAUUGAAAUAGAAUUAUAUUCAUUACUUCGUUAUGAACAAAUUGAACAAACAUUAUGUAAACAAAUUCAAUGGAUUCGUUAUUGUGAUCAUUAUGGACCAAUCAAGAUAGCCGAUAAACAUCAAUUUAUAUGGCCAAUAACAAAUGUAAAAACUAAGACCAUUGGACAUUGUUUACAACAAUUACGAUCGCAUAUGGUUCGAUUAAAAAAUGGUACCGAAAUCAUUGAAAAUUUAAUUGAAAAAUGUGAUGAAAAAAUUCUUAUGAAAUAUGAACAAAAAAUUCAUUUAAUAAAAUUUACAUCCGAAGAUAAUUGUUGCGCCAUCUAUGAACUAUUUGAUUGUCUUGAACAAUCGAUUCAUAAAGUAUGUUCUGGAAAUGAACAACAAGAUUGGUUAGAUUAUCAACAAAGAAUUAUUGGGAAAAUUUCCACAAUGUCCCUUUGUCGUUUAUAUCCAUAUAAUACAAAUGAAAUGGAUCGAUGUCUACAUCGGAAACCAGAUAAUCAUCAUCAUCAUCAUCACGAUGAUAGUACGAAAGAAAAUCUACGUAAAUUGAUCAAACAAAUAGCAUCGAUUACAUUGAUAAUUAUCCUGUUGAUAAUUACAUCUAUCAUCUUUAUUUGGUAUAAACAAAGAUGUAAACGACAAAAUGAUGAUCAAGAUGAAUUAAUUUGAAGGUUAAACAACAGAAUCAAACAUUUACCCGUUCGAUAACCGGAAUACGUUGUUUUUGUUGUUUUGUUAAUCAGCCCCAUUUUUUCUUGCCAUAACGUUUUCCACCACCAUAACCACCAUGACCAUAACCUUUUCCAUAACCAUAGCCACCUUUUUUCUUGCUAGCUUCAACAGCAUUCGGUCCCGAUGUAAUUGCCAUGAUGAUCAUAAUAACAACGACCAACAUAAA